UUUAUGUGUGUUUUUAAAGCAAAUCUGGUGUUGUUGCAGGUCUCCUCUUUGCAGUUAAUGGAAUGCCUUACCCUGGAGAGGCAGAACCAGUACAAGGAUUUGUGAUGAACUUCUCUACUGGAGAAAUAAUUGAUACUUUUAUUCCACUUAGAAAGAGCUUUGAGAUGCCACAUGAUGUUGUUGCUUCAGAAGAUAAAACAGUAUUUGUGGGAGAUGUUCAUGCCAGAGCAGUGUGGAAGUUUGCAUCCACAGAAAAAAUGGAACAUCGGUCAGUUAAAAAGGCUGGUAUUGAGGUACAGGAAAUAAAAGAAUCAGGAACAAUUGUAGAAGGCAGAUUGAAAAACAACCCAGAAUCAACAGACCCUGUAAAGAAGCAGGAAAAACAACAUUUAGUCCAACAACACACCAGCACUGGAAUUUCAUUUGUUUUUAUUACAACUCUUCUAAUUAUCCCUGUUGUUGUUCUGCUGGCAAUUUUAUUAUUUAUUCGAUGGAGGAAGACAACUGUCUAUGGAGGUGAUGGGGAACACAAACUUGAUUCAAGUUCAGGAAGAAUUUUAGGCAGAGUUAGAGGGAAAGGCAGUGGUGGCCUUAAUCUUGGGAACUUUUUUGCAAGUCACAAGAGCUACAGUCGAAAAGGUUUUGACCGAGUGAGCACUGAAGGCAGUGAUCAAGAAAAAGAUGAAGAUGAAGGCACAGAUUCAGAGGAAGAGUGUUCAGCACCACCAACUCCACCAGCACCUUUAUCCUCCUGAAACCAGCCUUUAAGUUCUCCAUUAUACGAUCCAACCCAAAAAGUCAUAUUCCUUUUCCCUUAAAGCACGUUUAAGAUUUUGUGUAUUUAAUUGUAAACUGUACGAGUCUGUGUGGGGCUGUACACUGGUUCCUUUAGUUUUUGUUUGGUUUUAAUUAUGUUUUUUUUAGGCAGAGGAGUGUAAGAAAGUUCCAAAUCAGUGCUGUUGUUUUUUAUGUGAGCAUCUUAAUAAAGCAAAGUCUUCUAAUUGCAGCACUGAUUUAAAGCAGUAGAAUUUUCUCAUUUUAAACUGGGGAUCUUGUAAAUAAGUCAUACUAUCUGCUUCAUCAAAAUACUUUUCCUGUAACUAUUCAAUUGCCAAUUUCUGUUUUGUGCCUUUCCUCUUCAAUGUCCUUAACUUGUUGCAGUACAGAGAAAAUACAGUGCCACAAGAAAAUAAAGCUGCUAAAUCUUCUUCUAUUUUUUUAAAAUCACUAACAUUAUAUUGCAUUGAAGGAAAGAAAAAAGUCUCUAUUUAAUUUUUUUUCUUCUUCCAAACUUGAUGUGUUUCUGGGAUGUCUUAUUUUUAGAUGGUAUCACUGUUAGAACACUAUUUUCAGAAGCUGAAUGUAAUUUGUGUAAUAAAGUAUUUGCAAAGCAUUA